AUGAAAGAAGACAAGAGAGAACACUCACUACCAAAAACAAGUAAGAUAUUCCGUCUCGACCCAGUGCUCAUCGACGGAACUCUGCGAGUGGGAGGACGCCUCUCGAAAGCCGCAAUGGACUAUGACGUGAAACAUCCAAUGCUACUGCCACAACACUCGCACGUCACGACUCUAAUCGUACGAGAUGCUCAUGAGAAACACGGCCAUGCUGGUAGAAAUCACACCAUUGCAGCAAUUAGAGAACGCUUUUGGAUUGUUUCAAUCAACUCUGCUGUCCGACGUCAACUCCACAAAUACAUAACGUGCAGAAAAAUAAGAAAGCCAUGCCAAGAGCAAAAAAUGUCCGACUUACCUCAAGAUUGUCUCGAGCCAGCUCCACCAUUUACAUUCACAGGCGUAGACUUCUUCGGGCCGUUCAUUAUAAAAGAGGGACGCAAGGAGCUCAAACGUUACGGCGUCAUAUUCACCUGUCUUGUCAGUCGCUCCAUUCAUCUGGAAGCUGCUAACAGUCUCGAAACAGAUUCCUUUAUUCACUGCUUGCAACGCUUCAUAGCCCGCAGAGGUACGGUACAAGAAAUCCGAUGCGACAACGGGUCCAACUUCAUCGGAACACGGAAUGAACUGAACAAGGCUUGGUCAGAUCUGAACCAAAACAAAAUCCAAAACAAACUACUGUACAUGAAUAUCGACUGGAAACUCAACCCACCUAUGGCAUCGCACAUGGGCGGCGUAUGGGAGCGCCAGAUCCGUACCAUUCGGAAAGUUCUAUCUGCGCUAUUCUACAACCACGGGACUCGCCUUGAUGACGAAUCAUUCUGCACGCUUCUCUGCGAGGUAGAAUAUAUUGUGAACUCGAGACCGAUCACGACCUGUUCUGAUGAUCCCGACGACAUGGACCCACUAAGUCCGAGUCAGAUCCUCCACAUGAAGUCACCCAAGAGGUUAAUACCGGGACCUUCGCAACCAGAAUAUGUGUACUCGAGAAAAAGGUGGCGUAGAGUACAAUAUUUGUCGGACUUGUUCUGGAGCAGAUGGAAAAGGGAGUACAUAGUCAGCCUGCAGCAACGCCCCAAAUGGAACAAACAACAACGAAAUACACGGGAAGGUGACAUCGUGCUCCUGAAAGACGAGAACACGCCAAGACUUCACUGGCCACUAGCAACGUGUAACAGAGGUACUGCCAGAUCCCAGAGGUGUUGUGAGAAGCGUCAAACUUCGAACCCAAUCUUCUGA